AGUACGUCGUUCUGAAGACCAGCCAGUAGAUACAGGAGCUGGGUAUGCAACCGUCCAAAGGGAGCACAGUUUCCUGUAGUGGGCGGGUCUUCGAGCCUGCAGUACUGGGGAGGUUCUGGAUGUUCUGCUUAUGUACAAAAUCACACAGUAUGAAAGAUAAGGUAAUCCUGCGCUUUUGGGAGAUUCUAUGUGGACACUGCCAAACCCAGAAGCCGUCACUUUAGAAAACUGACAGUUGUCUUUGCAUCGAGGGCCCACGGUCUCCAGCGGUUCCACGAUUAAGUUUAACACCAGGUAUGAUGGAUACAAGAGUGCGGUGAGCCUUCUGUUGGGCUGACCAAAACGGCUCUUCAAUUGCAAGAAAUCCGGGAAUUAGCCGCCUCCUGUUCGUCGCCAGUUGCGGUAACACCUGGAAAUAUGGGAAGGUGGUCGCGCGCCAGUAAAGUGUAAUGUGGAUUUUAGACGAGCGGAAGGAGAAUUUUAAUUUUGCGUGUGGAGAGCUUCAUGAAAACGCUAUGAGAAACCCACAGAGUGACUGAUUGCAGCCGGACCAGUGAUCGGUGACACACAGAAGACAACAUGAAGGAAAAGUCUAAAAAUGCGGCCCGGACUCGACGGGAAAAGGAAAAUAGUGAAUUUUAUGAACUGGCCAAACUGUUGCCACUUCCCUCCGCUAUCACCUCCCAGCUGGAUAAAGCCUCAAUCAUACGACUGACAACAAGCUACCUGAAGAUGAGAGUAGUGUUUCCUGAAGGCCUCGGGGAAUCCUGGGGUCAUGUGACUCGAAACAAUUCUCCAGAUGGAGUCAGCCAGGAAUUAGGCUCUCAUCUCUUACAGACACUUGAUGGCUUCAUCUUUGUGGUUGCUCCAGAUGGGAAAAUAAUGUACAUAUCAGAAACAGCAUCAGUCCACUUGGGACUGUCACAGGUGGAGUUGACGGGAAACAGCAUUUAUGAAUACAUCCACCCAGCAGAUCAUGAUGAAAUGACAGCCGUUCUCACGGCACACCAGCCUUACCACUCACACUUUGUUCAAGAAUAUGAGAUGGAGCGCUCCUUCUUUCUAAGAAUGAAAUGUGUCCUCGCUAAGAGAAACGCUGGUCUUACAUGUGGAGGUUACAAGGUUAUCCACUGUAGUGGCUACCUGAAAAUCCGUCAGUACAGCCUGGACAUGUCUCCAUUUGAUGGCUGCUAUCAGAACGUUGGGUUGGUGGCUGUUGGACACUCAUUGCCGCCCAGCGCCGUCACUGAGAUCAAAUUACACAGCAAUAUGUUUAUGUUCAGAGCCAGUCUGGACAUGAAACUCAUCUUCCUUGACUCACGGGUUGCAGAGCUGACAGGUUAUGAGCCUCAGGAUCUCAUAGAGAAGACGCUCUAUCAUCAUGUUCACAGCUGUGACUCCUUCCACCUACGCUGUGCUCAUCACUUGUGUGAGUUAGUGCUGGUGAAAGGUCAAGUCACCACGAAGUACUACCGGUUCUUGGCCAAGCAAGGUGGCUGGGUCUGGGUCCAGAGUUAUGCAACCAUUGUACACAACAGCCGCUCAUCCAGACCUCACUGCAUAGUCAGUGUCAACUAUGUUCUCACGGAGACAGAAUAUAAAGGCCUCCAGCUUUCUCUGGAACAGGCCACAUCCAAGACCUCUUUCCCCUACAGCAGCAGCACCGCCAGCAGCCUCCCAGAGAACUGCAGAACUCCUAAGAACAGAGUAUCCCGGCCCAAGACAAAAACUAGACUCUCACCUUAUACACAGUAUCCUAGCUUCCAGACAGAGCGAUCAGAGUCUGACCAGGACAGUCUGUGGGGCAGUAGCCCCCUCACUGACUCUGCUUCCCCUCAGCUAUUGGAGCAGAAUGAAGGCCUGGAUGCCUCAUGUGUCUACAGGCAGUUCACAGAUCCUCGCACACUCUGCUACAACCUGUCAGAAGAGCAGCAUCACACCACAAGCGACGGCCAUGCACACUUUCAUGGUCAAGGUCAGAGUUGCGAACGAGGUCGAUGUGAGGCGGGGAGAUACUUUCUAGGACCCCCUCCACCUGGCAUGGAUGCAUGGUGGGGCAGUGCCCGGUCCAUCCUACCACUGAGCAAGAGCUCCUUGGAAACCUACGAAGCAUAUGACAGCAGCAUGCCACACAUCACAGCCAUCCAUAGCUACCACGCCCGAAGCCACUGCGAUGAAGAGAGUGUGGUCAGCUCUCCAGAUGGAGGCUCAGCCAGUGACUCAGGGGAUCGGUACCGAGCUGAACACUAUUGCUGCAGCCCACAGGAGCCUAGCAAGAUUGAGACACUAAUCCGAGCCACACAGCAGAUGAUCAAGGAAGAGGAAAGUAGAUUGCAGUUUCGCAAGGGUCCCCAGGAAGCCAUGCUGGGGCCAGCCAAUGGACUGCCCAAGGGUCCUGGUCCUUGCUUCACUUCAGAGUGUAGUCAAGGGCUCCAACCUUUUCAGACUGUGGUGUGUCGAGGUUUGAAUCAGAUGAUUAAUUCUGCUCCUAGCCCCGCACCCCUAUCCAGGCUCAGCAGUCCAGAUUCUGAGUGUAUCCAUAAGCCCAAAGACUACCUCCAAACCGACCUUGCCCCCCUUUCUUUGCAAUUACCCCACCCUUUUGGCCGGCCAGGUGCAUGUUCAGCUUCUCCUACACCAGCCCUCUACCCCUCCCACACCCACCCACGGCCAUACCAGGACAAGCAUAAAGCAUACUCCCUGACUGGCCUCGCUCUGGAACACCUCUAUGACCCAGACAGUCUUCGGGGCUACUGCACAUCUUCCAGCUCUGGCCCCACCCACUACAAUCACCUUCACAUCCCGGCAGAGCAGAUACCUGGACACAAAGGCACCUCUGUCAUUAUUAAGAAUGGUAGCUAACAGUGAUCUGACACAGAGUAAGACGUCAGUCACAUGGCCUGUGCUGGUUAGCUCCCAUUUCAGCAGUAAGCCAUUUUCAUUCUGCAUCCUCUUAAGUAGCUUUUCCACCAUACCAGACAAUUCUAUUCUAAAUCUAAUUAGUUGUUUCAUAAUAGGUGCCAAAAUUCAAUUUCGGGUGAUGCUAAAACUUUAAUAUUGAAGAAGUCUGCUAAAGAACAUGUUAACCAGUGUGUGUGUUUAUGGGUGAUAUGUGAAUAUUCUCAAGAGGGAACAACAAGCUUACAUUAAGACAUUGCCAGCAAUUCUGAUAGAUAAUGUUUAAUUGCAGCUCACUUGCUUUGAUGAGUGUAUUUGUUUUUUUGGCCCAAAAUUGAGUCCAAAAUUUUUCAAAUGUUCAGAACAAACCCUUGCAUAGAUUCUUUUUUUUUUCUUAAAAAACGAGACCUUAAUAUGAUAUAAUUUCACCUAAACUCUACUAGUUAGACCUCUUCCAAAAUGUGGUUGACCCAAACAGACCCACACCGAAAGAGAAAACUUUGGCUCCCGGCAGCAUGAUGUCCAGUCAAUGAACAGCCAUGAACCAAAACAGCACCAUGACUGGCUGUUUUAGCCUGGUCGGACCCACUUGGGUAUCGGCCAUAUUUACACACAGACAUAAAACCAUGACCAUAUUACAGUACAAUUGGCUAAAACAGAAUUUGGAUCACAGACUGAAUUGGUCUCAGGUGGCCUAAAAGCAUUAAUGCUCACUUCCAUUAUAUUCAUUAUGUUUUGGGGCUUGUAGUGGAGCAGAGACAUGACAAGGUAGUGAGCAACAGCAUUCACAAACAAGGCAUGCACAGCUAGAAAUAGAAGAGAAAGAAGCAUGUUCUGGAGCAUUAGAAACAAACAAACAAACAAAAAACCAUCAAACUGUCAGCAAAUUCCUCAACUGACAUAACAGAAUAUUCUUCCAUGUCCUCUACAACAACACUGAUCUCAUGCCCCUAUCUGAAGGAUGAGAACAUUUUACAAAUUACUGCUAAAUGUUUUAUGAUGUGAUUAGUUUUGAUUGAUUGAUUUUGGUCUUGGUUUUUGAAAAAAACAAAAAAACAAAACUUAGACACAGGAAACAAUCACCGGUCUCCCAAUUUAAAGUUCAAUGUUUUGUUGGGGCCCUGUGAUGUACUAGCGACCUGCCCAAGGUGUCCCCCAGCCUUCGCCCUGAGUCAGCUGGGAUAGGCUCCAGCCCCCCACAACCCUACAGAUGAUAAAACAGUGUAUAGAUGGAUGGAUAGGCAGACGGGCGGAUGGACGGAUGGACGGAUGGAAGGAAUGAUGGAUGGACGGAUGGAUGUUCUGCUGACCAAACUGUCUACCCCAACCUCCCCCUUGAAUAGAGUUUACCUUUAUAACAUUACAUCUCUUUCUUCUUUCCUUAAAGCAGCAAGAGGUUGUGCCAUAUGAACACAGACAUGUAUUUUUGAGGUUUUUGCUGGAAUGACUGAUGCUGUCAUCCUUUGUAGGAGAGUCUGCAAAAUGUAUAUAAAAAGGUGAAUGGAAACCAUUUUAAGAUGUGACAUCAGCACUAAACGAGCAGCACUUCUACAUGACUAAUAGGGAAUGUGUGCUGUGUUUAGACCGUUGUGAGAGAGGGUAGUUUUACCCUGCUGAUGAUCUGUUGUUACAAUAGAAAUCCUGCUCAGUACGAGAGGAACUGCAAGUUCAGACAUUUGGUGUAUGUGCUUGAAUGAGGAGCCAAUGGUGCAUGCUACCAUUUGUGGGAUUCAGAAUCCUACCUAGAUGUGACGAUUUGUCCACAGAAAAUGGUAUAGCAAAACUGAACAGUACAGUUCAGUUUUCUUCCAAUGUUUCAUCACAGGCUGAGCUUUAAUAGGUUUGAUUUUUUUAAACAGUAAAGUGUAGGCCACACCUAAAUGGAAAAAGUAACAGUUUUUGGUCAAAAUUGAUCAGUAUCAUGAAAAAAAGGAAAAUGAGGCUGGUUAGAAAAUGGCUGUAAUUUUUUUUUCGUGUAAUGUCUGUUCCUGCCUUUGGCAUUCAUGUUGUCCAAUGGUUCUAUUACCUUUGGUUUUACUGAGCUGUAUAGCCUUUUUGCACUAUAGGAGAUAAAGUUAAUGUGAAGAUGUCUCUUUUUCAAGUCCUUGAAGGAGACAUGACAGAUUUGGGUGUGGGGCACUUUGCAGUGAUGCAGAUGAAACUUACAGUACAGGUUUGUCCUGAUAAAAAUGUUAUUUUAAACUUCACAGGCUAAUAUGCACAACUGUCCUGUACAUAUCUUUUUUUUCUAAGUUUUGGUAACUUGAAGGAAAUACUAAAGAAAGCGGUAGAUACAUUGAUGGCUGUCAUGGGUACACGAUUGUCUGGUGAGAACCAUAAUACUGAAUGCAUUGCUGGACAUAUAAUAAUGGGUUACAAAGGACUGUGGGGGAGGGAAUAUAUUUGAUUGGCAACAUAAUAAAAUGAGCAGAUGUAUUUUCUACUGCAAUUUUGCAAAUGCUCAAGUAUGAUCCAGGGAACUCAUAGAGCAUAGAAAAUUUUGUAUGGUUUCCAUUGCGAUAUUUCCAGUAAUCGUGAGUGACUACAUGAAGACUGACACUUGAGACCAUAUGCAAUUUGUUGGGAUGCCAGGUCAGGUAGCUUCACUGCAUCAAAUACUAUGACGGAUCGCUGAAGCAACUGAUUAUUGUUAUGUGGGCAUGUUUGUACAACAAGAUUCAAGCUUUCUCUUGGAUUUUCUUCUUUGUAUCCUCCUCAGUCCUUAGAUGAACCUAUAUUUAUAUUGGAAGUUUGGAUUAUUUUGGUUUUCAUUUUGUGAAAGCCUUAAAUGUGCUCAGUUUCUUGAAGUUAUUUAUGGUGUACGAUAAAUAUUCUCAGAAAACAAAAUGCUGCCACAUUUAAGCACAUGGGCAAAAACUGUAUUUAUUGACUAAAUGUUUCUUUAUAAGUUUGAAAUAUAGCUACAAUCACAUCUAGUCUAACUGCUUAUAAAUUGAGUGUGUUUUUGACUGAAGCAAAGUGGAAAAUAAAAUCAUUUUG